AUGGAGGCCACAGCCUGUAAUGGAUCAGAGGACUCCUCACCGGUCUUCUAUCUGGUGGGCAUCCCCUCUCUUCCAGAGUCCCUAUUCCUCCCUGUGUUUUUUAUUUUCCUCUUCUUCUAUCUUCUCAUCCUUAUGGGCAAUACUCUGAUCCUGGUGGCUGUGGUGGCAGAGCCCAGCCUCCACAAGCCCAUGUACUUUUUCCUGAUCAAUCUCUCCUCCCUGGACAUCCUUUUCACCACAACCACUGUCCCAAAGAUGCUGUCCCUGUUCCUUCUCGGGGACCACAUCCUCAGCUUUCCUUCCUGCUUAUUGCAGAUGUAUCUCUUUCAAAGCUUCACAUGCUCUGAAGCCUUCAUCCUGGUGGUCAUGGCCUAUGACCGCUAUGUGGCUAUCUGCCGCCCACUGCACUACCCUGUCCACAUGACGCCACAGACCAACACUGCACUGGCAGCCGGUGCCUGGCUCACUGCCCUCCUCCUGCCCAUCCCAGCAGUGGUGAAGACCUCCCAGAUGGCAUAUGCUAAAAUUGCCCACAUCUAUCACUGUUUCUGUGAUCAUCUGGCUUUGGUCCAAGCCUCCUGCUCUGACACCAACCCCCAGACCCUCAUGGGCUUCUGCAUCGCCAUGGUGGUGUCCUUCCUGCCCCUUCUCCUGGUGCUUCUCUCCUAUGCCCACAUCCUGAACUCAGUACUUCACAUCAGCUCCCGAGAAGGCCGCUCAAAAGCCUUCUCCACCUGCAGCUCCCACCUCCUGGUGGUCGGCACCUACUACUCAUCCAUUGCCAUAGCCUACGUGGCCUACAGGGCGGACCUGCCCCUCGACUUCCACAUCAUGGGCAAUGUGGCAUAUGCUAUUCUCACACCUAUCCUCAACCCCCUUAUUUAA